UUCUAGAUGCCUCCCAAGUUUGAUCCUUCUGAGGUUAAGAUUAUCUACCUUCGCGCCACUGGUGGUGAGGUUGGUGCUUCUUCCGCUCUUGCCCCCAAGAUCGGUCCUCUCGGUCUUUCCCCCAAGAAGGUCGGAGAAGAUAUUGCCAAGGGUACCAAGGAAUGGAAGGGUCUCCGUGUCACUGUCCAGUUGACCAUCCAGAACCGUCAGGCUCAGGUCUCCGUUGUUCCCUCUGCCUCUUCCCUUGUCAUCAAGGCCCUCAACGAGCCCCCAAGAGAUCGCAAGAAGGAGAAGAACAUCAAGCACAGUGGUAACGUCUCCCUCGAGGCCAUUAUCGAUGUUGCCCGCACCAUGCGUUUCAAGUCCCUUGCUCGUGAGCUCAAGGGUACUGUCAAGGAAAUCCUCGGUACUGCCAACUCUGUUGGUUGCACUGUUGAUGGCCAGAGCCCCAAGGACUUGUGCGAUGCCAUUGAUGCCGGUGAAGUUGAAAUUCCCGAGAAAUAAAUUAUUUUCAAUGUAUUGUAAUUGAAUAAUUGAUUUUUUCAUAUAUAUAUAUAUAUUUUUUGGUUGUCAUGAUUAUCAUACUAUCGACAUUAUCAAUAAAAAACAAAACAAAACUGUGGUUUCUUUGAUCUACUUUGAAACUUAUUAAGAA